AUGCAACUAACUUCUUUUCCUUUUUCGUUCAGUUCUAGUACCUUUUGGGAAUUAGAAAUAGAUGACGAAAAAAUACCAUCAUGCAAAAAGGGAAUAUUAGAUUUGAGGCAAUGCAAUGAUUUGACGACUGAAACCCCGGAACUCGUGGCCGCAAGAUAUGAAUCCUUACUCAGACUGUUAGAGAACAAAAUCAGACCGCGCCGAAUAAUCAUAUUAAGCCUGGUUUAUAGAAAAGACGUUCAGAAAUGGAAAGUUGAUAAACUAAAUGUCUCAUUGAAACAAUUCCAGUCUAACAUUGUUCAUUUCUGGAAGCUUGACAGAGUGGGAGGAGAUAAUAAUAUAGGACCUGACGGCAUCCACCUGAAUGAACGUGGAAUGAUGAACUUUAAGAGAAACAUCAUUUAUUCUCUAAAGUGCACGAAAUAA